AUGUUCACAAGACGUCUCCUGUGCCCCCUCACGCGGCGGCUGCCGAGCGGGUUACUGCUGAGCGGGACGUUCAACCCACGUCACCCCGAAUUCCUCCUUGAGGGGCGCGCGACAACGCCUGACGGCCGUGCCUUUUCUGGCCGCUUUGACGCCGAGCAAGGAUUUCCCCUCGCCGGCAGCGAGCUCGAGGACGACGGGGAUCUUUACCGCGGCUGCUUCAACGCGCAGUGGCAGCGUCACGGCGAGGGCGAGGCCUGGCUGGCCGACGGCACGUACUACAAGGGGCGGUUUGCCGAGGACGAGUUGGUGGAGGGUGUCGUGCGGAUCCCCAACGGCACGACGGAGACCGUCUUUGAGGGGACGCUGCGGGAUGAGGCGUUUGUGCGGGGGAAACUCACACAGCACGACUUUACGUACGAGGGCGAGUUUCGCGACAACAAACCACACGGCCGCGGGAAGCUUCGCUUUGCCACGGGAGCGGAACAGGAGGGCACCUUUUUCGCCGGCAAGUUACAUGGAACUGGGUGCAAGAUGAAGCUCGACGGCGGCUUUGUGUACGUGGGAGAGUUUCUGGACGGCUGCAUCCGCCGCGGCCAGCUCUUCACCCCGACGUACACGUACGACGGCGAGUUUAACGAGCACGGCAGGGCGCAUGGAGAGGGCUCGCAGACGUACUUGGCAAAUGAACCGCGUCUCAUUUUUACGGGCCUAUGGGAGAAUGGGGCGCUCGUGCGUGGAACCUGCACCGACGAGUACGGGGCUCCUGUGGAUUGGAAGGACAAUCAUGAACUCCAAGCAAGGGUGUUUAGCGAAGACGGCGGCGACGUCGCCGUGGCGAUGAACAGCUACAGCAGCGCCAGGCUGAAGGAGGCGGACAGGCUUUACAAGGAGAUGAACCAGAGCUACGUGAAGGACGCCGAGAGGGUCCAGCGAGAGACGGGACGGUAUCCCUCCAAGAUGAGCCUUGGCUAUGAAGGAGGCGUUCAGCAGGAGAAGGAGUCACUCGAGCGGGCGUCACGGGAAACCGUGGAGUGCAUGCAGAGCGCACGCGACAGCAUGGAGGCACGCAAUGCCGAUGUGAAUCGCAUGUGUGCGAGGGCCAUGAGUGAGGCCACAAUACCGCUAAACCAAAACACGGCGAGGAUGCAGUACGCGAGGCAGGAGGGUGCACAGAAGCUGGCUGCGGAGCGCGUGGAUGAGCAGUUCGAGCGCUUCCUGAAAACCUUCGAUCGCGAGACGGACGACAAUGCCAGCAGACGGAUCAUUGACGGCAACUCCCCUUGGAAGUCGUACACUCCGAAAGGCUGA